AUGGUCCGAGUAUUUUUUCUCAAGCACAUCGCAGCUCAUCCAGACAUCUACUGCCACUUCUUCAGUAGUUUGCAAGGUGGACUACGCCUUACAUCGACAGGUCGGAGGAGACUUUGUUCGAGGAGCGGUUACCCUUUCCACUUUGAUGCGCUUGAAGAAUACAAAGGGAAGUACCGUGGUUACACGGCUUAUUGUCCCAUCGCAAAUGACAUUCAGCAUGUGGGUGACCGCAAUCGAUUAUUCAUUUUGCUGCAUAUUGAACCAGGAUCUAGGACUGUUCAACUACCCGUACAAACUGGUCGAAUUAGCGCAAAUUCUCAUGCUCAGACCAAACAUCGGAUUAGUAUGUGUAUGACUCCUUGGUUUAAAACGGAGACUUUUGAUCCAAGAUUCAUUGUUGAAUAUAUUGAAAUGCAGCGCGAGAUGGGAGUGACCCAGAUGGUGAUCUACCUGACAGAAAACCCUCAUCCCAGAGUGAAACAAGUACUCAGUUCUUACACCAGCCGGGAAAAUUCAUUUGGCGUUGCCAGUAACCAAAUGUUUGAGCUUAAACUAGUCAAUUGGGUGCUUCCGAUAGAGAAUGCAUUCAGUACAACUUGGUAUUUUGACCAAGUGCUCAGUUUUAACGACUGUCUGCAUCGAAUCGGGAACGAAACGCAACAUAUAUUUUUCGGAGACUUCGAUGAGGUGUUGGUACCAGAUCAAAGUCUUCCAGCGAGGUAUGGAGCGCUUCCCACAUGGAACGAUGUGAUCGAUAAGGCUCAAAACAGUUCUUGGUACAGAGAUACUCCAACUAUUUGUUUCCCCAGUUAUUACUUUCCGCCUCCUAUGGAAAAUAAAUUCCCGGAAAAAUCGAUAUUUGAUCGAAUCAACUCAACGAUCGAAACAUAUCCUGAACGUAAAAAGUGUCUGGUUCGUCCGGGCGAUGUGGAGGAAGUGUAUGUCCAUUGGCCCAAGAAGCCAUCACACUACCGCAUUAGCCAAGACCUCGCUGUGAUUUUCCACUACCGCGUCUGCCUGAGAAAGGACUACAAUCCCUGCAGCCCGGACACACGCUAUGCACCUAAUCACCGUCUGAAUGCCUAUAGAAAUUUGAUCAAAAGUUCCGUCACCAUGCGCCUCAGUAGUCUGCAGCACAUUCCUGAGGACCCUUCAUAA